AUGAAAUUCUUUCUCGCUCUCACCUCCGCCAUCCUGGGCGCUGCUCUCGCCGCCCCAGGACAAGAGAUGCAAAAACGCCAGAUCACCGAGGUGACCCUGUUUCUCUACGGAGCAGGAGACGCCGGAUACAGCAUCACUGUUCCCACUAAUGGAGCUUCAAUCCCAAUCGACAACCCGCUCUCCGUCAGCCGUGUCAGCACUGUCUGCGGCGCAACAUGCUUUCUCACUGGUGCUCAAGGGUCGAGUGUUAUGGUUCGAUGCAACCAAGGGGCGGACAUAGGGCCCCCACAGCCGCAGGUUAGUGCAAUUUGCUUCCGCAAUUAG